AUGAUGAAGGCUGAAGUUAGAAGGUGUCGUCGUUGUAAAAGGAAGAGGUUGGAUGAUGAACCGCCAGAAGUUAGACAAUAUAAGACUUGUGCCAAAUGUCGGAUAAUAGAACGUAAUAAGAAGAAUCUGAGAAAACCAUUGGCUGAAGAGACUAUGUUAUAUGGAUUGAAACAGUUUAGAGAACAAGCUUCUAGUGAUAAUUAUUUAGAAGAAGAAGGAUUAUUAAAAGAUGAAUUCUUUAAAAGAUUCCAUAAUAAACCAUUUAAUUAUGAAGCUGAAUUACAACAAGUUUUAAAUAAUCCCAAUUAUGUCAGUCCUGUGAUAAAUAAUCCUCAUAAUGACAAUACUCCACGUGAAUCAAUGACAUCUCAACAAUAUACAUUCAGACCAAGUUAUAGUUCAGGUGGAACUUCUCAAACAGCUCCUACUACAAGUUCUUCCUCGAAUCAAGGUAUUACUCCCGUAGUUUCGAAAUUUCAAACUUAUCAACAACCUAAAAUAAUAAACCUUAAGACAGGGUUAGUACAGACCAAUAGAUCAAAGAAUACUCAAACUUUACAACAACAACAGCAUCAACAACAUCAACAGCAACAACAAUAUCAACAAUCUCAAGCUUACACGUCUCUGCAAAAUAAUAGACAUGAAUUAUAUGAUGGACCUGAAGAAGAUAUCUUUGAAGAGAUCUUUAAAUUGGGGAAUAAAGAAGAACUCGAUGAGAAUGUCAGUUAUAGUAAGACUGAUAUUGAUCCAUAUUUAUAUAAGAAUGUUACAUCUGAUUAUCAACAAUUUUUAUUAAAUUUAUUACAUAAGAGACAAGCGGGUGAAAAUAUGAAAAAUCUUGUUUAUCUUAAAGAAUAUAAUGAUGAAUUUACUGAUAAUUUAGGAAGAUAUGAUGCUAAUUCAAAUACUGGUACUAGAUUAACUAAUGUUAGAUAUGGUGAAAAACAAUUACGGAUGCAUUUACAAAAUAAUUUAAAAUCGCUUUAUAUUGAACCAAUCAUUGCAACUAUUAAUCUUCCAUAUAAUCAAGAUUCUACUAAUUUAAAUGAUUUUAGAAGUUCAGCAUCAAUUAAAAAUAUUUAUAAUUUCAAUUCCCCAAAUAGUUCAACUAAUAAAGUAUAUCUGAAAAUCAAAAGUUCAUCAAUUUAUUUAAAUUAUAAUCGAAAAUAUAAUUUAUUAAUUAUAAAAGUUAAUCAUUUUGUAUUUAAACCAUCAACUCAAACUUAUUCUGGAGAAUUAAAGGGGAAAGUAAGAGAAUUAUAUAAGAAAUUAGAAUAUCAAAACAAUUUACAAUUGAAUGGAGUUAAACUGAUUGAUUAUGAUUCUCAUACUGGAUCAGUAGUGUAUGAUAAAUUAUUUACAUUUCUUGAUGUUUAUCCUGAUUCAUUAGUUAAAGAAAUUAAGAAUUUGAAUAAGGAAGAUUUCAUUAGUGAUUUUGUUAAUUUUUCUACUGUUUUCAAAGCUGAUGAUAAUGAAGUUAAUGGAGGUACUCCACAAGUUGAAGACCAUGAAGCUGAGAAGAAUGGUAUAAUAGAAGAAGAAGAAGAAGAAGAAGAGGAAGAGGAUAUUGCUGAAGGUGAAGAGGAGGCAGGAGAAGACGAUGAAGAAGAAGACGAUGAAGAAGAAGAAGACAGUGAAGAUGAUUUGGAAGACGAUUUAACCAUCAAUAAUGACGGGGAUAUUUCUACAAUUACAUUUCCUGCUAGUACCAUAACUAUUCCUGAACAACCACCACAAGUAGCCAAAGAAUCCACAGCAGAGAUCGUUGAUCCUGUAUUCAAACCUGAAUAG